AUGGAACAAUCAUUUUUUCCGACAACCACCACACGAUCGGAGGCUUUAAGGUGGCUGACAAUCGCCGAAAAGUUGUUGUCAGCGCGUGAUUUGCUUGGAAGCAAGUCAUUUGCGACCCGGGCUCGGGAUUCCGACCCGACCCUCUUGCAGUCGGAACAAGUCCUCGCCGUGACUGACACGCUCCUCGCCGGUGAUCGGCGGAUCAAUAAUAACCAGCUUGAUUGGUACUCGAUUCUUCAAGCACCCCUCCAGUGCCAUGACUCGGAGCUUAUUGCAAAUCAGUACCGCCGACUAACCCUUUUAUUAAACCCUCAGAAGAAUAAUUUUCCCUUUGCCGACCAGGCGUUUCGACUGGUGGUGGACGCGUGGUCGGUGCUCUCUAAUCCAUCGACGAAAUCGGUGUACGAUAAGGAACUGGGUUUCCAUCUGCAGCAACAGCCCGACCCUUUUAACUCUGUGUCGGCUCAAGAGCAUUUGACUAUUCCUUCGAUGCAGCAGAACUUCAUGUUUUUCGGAGGAAGCAGCAGUAGUGCAAGUCCUCAUGUCACCCAACCACCAGUACACGCUAGCAGUACUAUUUCUGCGAGUCAUAUCCCUCAAGCACAAGUACCUGCACACGUUGUAGGUCCCGAUCCGAUAACUUUUGGGUCGAGUCAUCAACAAGUGAGUAAGCAACCAUUGCACGGCUUUAUUAAUUUUUCUUCAGGUGGUAAUAUAGCUUUUGGGUCUGGGUCGGGAUCUGUUUCGACUCAAGAACAAGUGAAUAAACAGCCACAACAAAGUUACCCUAGUUUUGCUGGGAAUGUAGCUUCUGCGUCUAGGUCAACCCAGGAACAAGUGAAUAAGCAGCCACAACCAGAGAAAAAUUAUUCUAGUGUUACAGAUAAAAGUCAUAAAAAUGGUCAGGAGACUGCUGCUGAUGAGAAUAUAGAAGAGGUGGAGAGAGUGGAUGCACCCGCAGGUGAUGGUGUGCCGACAUUCUGGACUGCGUGUCCUUAUUGCUAUCACAUGUAUGAAUAUCCUAAUGUUUACACUGACUGUACUCUGCGAUGUCAAAAAUGUAAAAGAGCGUUUCAAGCAGUGGCUAUUCCAUCGCCACCGCCAAUUGUGGAUGGUCAAGAGCAGUACUUCUGUUGCUGGGGAUUUUUACCAUUGGGUGUUUCAAUGGCAAAUUUUGAGAAAAAUCGAGCUGCAGCUUCACAGUGGACCCCGUUUUCGCCUAUGUUUACUUCCCCCCAAAUGAGGAAUGCAACUAGUGCGGAUAAUAAGGUUGGACGGAAGAGCUCAGCCCCUAGAGUAUAUAUCGAUGAUGACGAUGAUAUUGUGGAACUCUCAAACUCGAGUGGGUCUGAUGAUGAUUGGAAGAAUGAUAGGGAGAAGAAGAAAAAGAAGAAGAAAGUGAAUAGUGUUAAAGGAAAAGCAGCUGGCAGGAAGCCAAAUAAAAAUGUGAAAAAAGCACAAGUUGAUAAAGCUAAAAAUGUGAAUGUACAAGAUAAAUUUGUAGCUUCACUGGACGUGGAGACGCCUAGUAAGCCAACAGGUGAGCCGAGUAAGAAAGGGUCUGCAACUAAUGCACGGAAGCAACCUGGGAGAGUUGCAAAGAACUUUGGGAAGUUGGAUUUGAAUGUGGAAUUUAGCAAUGAAGUUGAGGAGCCUGCUCCCAGGGUGAACCAAGGAAAUGGAUCAGGACGUGGAGAGGAUGACAAUAUCGAAGGGAAUGGGUUUUUCGAGGGUCUUGAUGAAUUCCUAAGCAGCCUUCCGAUUCUUAAUGUUGUAGGCGAUGACAAGGUUGUCAAGGCUGCUUAA